UAACCGACUAACUAUUAAAACGAGUAUUAGUAUACAAAUACAAAAACAACAAAGAAAAGAAACCUCAUAUACAAUUCCCCAUAAUUUCAAGAUUCACACCAUAUCAAUUACCAUAACCAAUUUAAGUGGUCCUUUAAAACUUAUAAUUAUUAUUUAAGAAGCUCCCCAACUUCCCUAUUUGCUCCCACUCUCUUCUAUUCUUCUCUCCUUCUCCCAAGAUCAGGAGAUCAUAUUGGAGUUUAGAGAGAGAAAGCUUUAAUUAUUCAUUUUAAUGGUAGCUUCAAUUUGUUUUAUUUUAUUUUAUUUUGAUUAAGCUACUAAUUUUAUUAAAUAAAGGAGCUUAAAAAGGCGGUGAUUCAAUUACCGAAACAGAGUCUUCGUUGUUAUCAGAUCUCUUAUGGCUUCUUUUACAUUUUCACGCUCUUUUUUCUUCUUCUUCAUCUUCUUCCUUCUUCUUUCAGGAUCAAUAUUGAGAAUUCAAGGCCUAGAAGUGGGAAUAAACUAUGGACAAAUAGCCAACAACAUACCAUCACCUAGUCGAGUCGCAAUUCUUUUACAAUCAAUCCAAGUGUACCGGGUCAAACUCUAUGAUGCUAACCCGAAUGUACUUAUGGCCUUUGCAAACUCAAAUGUAGAGUUUAUACUAGGACUAGGAAAUGAGUACCUUACAAAUAUGACCGACCCGUUAAAAGCCCAAGCUUGGAUCCAAACCCAUAUCCAACCCUACAUUAGUCAAACAAAAAUUACUUGCAUUGUUGUGGGUAAUGAGGUUUUUACUGGCCCUGAUGUACAAUUGAGUCCUUAUGUACUCCCUGCUAUGGAAGGUGUCUAUUCUGCCCUUAAAUCUCUUGGGUUGUCUAACCAAGUAACUGUCACAACUGCACAUUCUACGGGUAUCUUGCAAAAUUCCUUCCCUCCCUCAUCCGCAUCAUUUAAACCCGAAUUUGCUCAAUACCUACAACCCAUGUUAAAUUUUCAAUCCCAAAUUAAUUCCCCAUUUUUAAUCAAUGCGUACCCCUUUUUUACCUAUAAGGAUAGUCCGAAUGAAAUUUCCUUGGAUUAUGUCCUAUUUAGGCCAAAUGCGGGCACUACUGACUCGGCCACAAACCUACAUUAUGAUAACAUGUUAUAUGCCCAAAUCGAUGCGGUUUACGCAGCGAUUAAACAAAUGGGUCAUACCGAUAUUGAGGUUCAAGUAUCGGAAACGGGUUGGCCAUCAAAGGGUGACCCGAAUGAAUAUGGAGCCACAAUACAAAAUGCAGCUGCCUAUAAUGGUAAUUUGAUUCAGAGAGUACAGAAACAAGAGGGUACCCCAGGAAGGCCAAAUGUACCUAUAAUUGUGUAUGUGUUUGCACUAUUCAAUGAGAAUUUGAAACCUGGUCCCACUUCUGAAAGGAAUUAUGGACUUUAUUAUCCUAAUGGUGAACCUGUUUACAAUAUUGGGUUACAAAAAGGUUAUCUUCCUCAAUUUUACAUUUCUUCCGACUCUCAAAAGACAUCGCUCCUGGAAAUAUGUACAUUUACAAUUUUGUUGAGCUUAUUAACAGCAUUGAUGAUACUUGCUUGAGGAAUUUAUUUGUACAUUUAAGUUAUACAAAAAUUUGUGGAGAUAAUAGAGGUCAAAUGUAGAAAUGAUGCUCUUGUUGGCGUUGAGGUUGGAACCGAUCCAAUUUUCUUACCCUCCCGGCACCAAAAUACAACUUUAAAGGGGCGGGUACAGAAUAGGAAGGCUUCAAUUUCCAAUACACAUGAGUUAACCAGUGAAAACCUCAAACAGCAGACACCAGAUCAACGCAGAAAAGAACAUUUAGAGCAGUUAAAUAAUUUUUUAUUGCAUGAAAUUCAUCGCCAGAUUGUUCAGAAAUUUAGAGUUGCAGACAUUAAUUAUUUCAUUAAAAAUGAAAUAAAAUAAUUAGAUUCUUAGAAUUUUAUUUAUAUAAGUAAAGUAAUUCUUUUGGCAGUCAUUUUAUGACGUAGAACUUAGCUUUAGAUUAGGUUCUUAGAUCUUUUGAUACAUGUAAUAGACUAAAAACAGUAUGAAAUUAAGAUAGUGGUGUAUUCCUUAUUAAAUAAUUUCGGUUAGUUUUAAUUGGACUUUGUAUUCAGAUUGAUUUUUUUUUUUAUAAAAUUUAAGUUUAUUUUGG